GCGAGGUGAGGUCACCAUCAGGGCGGGGGCAAAAUUCCUGCCGUCUACUUUUGUCUGUGUCUGUACGUGGAGGAGGAGACGGGACUCCAAACUGGACCUCAGUCUGGAAUUUCAGGAGCACCGACAUCUUACACCGUCCUCUGACUGACCACGACUGGUCAAUCGCAGAAAAAUGUCUGGAAAAAUAACAAAAGAGGAGGAGGAGGAGAUGAGGGAGGCCUUUGCAAAAGUUGAUCUGGAUCACAAUGGAUAUAUUUCUGAUUAUGAGCUUGGCGAGCUUCUUAAGGAGGCCGGCCACGCCCAACCAGGAUACAUGGUCCGAGAGAUCCUGCAGAAACUCGACCGUAAUAAGGACAACAAAAUCAGCUUUGAUGAGUUUGUGGCGAUUGUUAAGGAGCUGAAGGGCAGUCAAGUUGCAAAAACUUUCCGCAAAGCCAUCAACAGAAAAGAGGGCAUCCUGGCUAUUGGAGGGACGUCGGAGCUGUCAAGCGAAGGCACACAACACUCGUACUCUGAGGAGGAGAGAUAUGCGUUUGUUAACUGGAUAAACACAGCUCUAGAAAAGGAUCCUGACUGUCAACACGUCCUGCCAAUGGAUCCCAACACAGACGCUCUGUUCACGACUGUAGGAGACGGCAUUGUGCUCUGCAAAAUGAUCAACUUGUCAGUGCCAGACACCAUCGAUGAGAGGACCAUCAAUAAGAAGAAGCUGACACCAUUUACGACGCAGGAGAACCUAAACCUGGCUCUUAACUCUGCGUCUGCCAUCGGCUGCCACGUGGUGAACAUCGGUGCUCUGGACCUGAAAGAAGGGAAGCCCCAUCUGGUGCUAGGCCUCCUGUGGCAGAUCAUCAAGAUUGGCCUCUUUGCCGACAUCGAGCUCAGCAGGAAUGAAGCGCUGGCGGCCUUGCUGAGAGACGGUGAGACCCUGGAGGACCUGAUGAAGCUGUCGCCGGAGGAGCUGCUGCUGCGCUGGGCAAACUUUCACCUGGAGAACGCUGGCUGGCAGAAGAUCAACAACUUCAGCUCAGACAUCAAGGACUCAAGGGCCUAUUUCCACCUUUUGAAUCAGAUCGCCCCUAAAGGCACAGAGGAGGAUAAGCCGCGCAUCGACAUCAACAUGGGAGGCUUCAGCGAGAAGGACGACUUGAAGAGGGCAGAAGCUAUGCUGCAGCAGGCCGACAGGCUCGGCUGUCGACAGUUUGUCACCCCAGCUGACGUCGUCAGUGGGAACCCCAAACUCAACCUCGCCUUCGUGGCCAACCUCUUCAACAAAUACCCGGCGCUGACCAAACCGGAGAACGAGGACAUCGACUGGGGGCUCUUGGAGGAUGAGACAAGAGAAGAGCGAACAUUUAGAAACUGGAUGAACUCCCUGGGAGUGAACCCGACUGUGAACCAUCUGUAUGUAGAUCUGCAGGAUGCCAUGGUCAUCCUCCAGCUCUACGAGAGAAUCAAAGUGGAGGUCGACUGGAACAACAAGGUCAACAAGCCGCCUUACCCCAAACUGGGAACCAACAUGAAAAAGUUGGAGAAUUGCAACUAUGCAGUGGAGCUGGGCAAAACAGCCAAGUUUUCUCUGGUUGGCAUCGGUGGGCAGGACCUGAACGAUGGCAAUGCUACCCUGACUCUGGCACUGGUGUGGCAGCUCAUGAGGAGAUACACAUUGAACGUGCUGGAGGAGCUGGGUGAUGGCGAGAAAGUAAAUGAUGACAUCAUUGUUAACUGGGUGAACAAAACAUUGGCAGAGGCUGGGAAAUCUACAAAGAUCUCAAGUUUUAAGGACAAGGAGAUAAGCAGCAGUCUGGCAGUGUUGGAGCUGAUUAACGCCAUUCAGCCUGGGAGCGUCAACUUCGAGCUGGUUAAAACCGGCAGCCUCUCUGAGAGCGACAAACUGGAGAACGCCAAAUAUGCCGUCUCGAUGGCGAGGAAGAUCGGCGCUCGCGUCUACGCUCUGCCCGAGGACCUGGUGGAGGUCAAGCCCAAAAUGGUGAUGACAGUCUUUGCCUGCUUGAUGGGACGAGGGAUGAAGCGCGCCUAAGCAACCCGCUUGGAUCACAGUGACACUUCCCCCCCCCCCCCCCCCCAAAGAACAAUUAGCAUUUUCAAAAGAGCUCCCUCAACCGAAGAAAUGAAGAUUUGUUUUGUUUUUGCCUUUUAAAAAAAAAAGAGUCAAAUUCAUACAAUUGCAUGUUCCCUCUGCCUCUUUAUAAACGAAGGUGUUUCCAGAAGGAUCGUUUCUUGAAGGUGAAGCUCCAGUAACAAAAUCUCCUGAGGCGGCGCUUAUCAACAUGUUACGCUCAUUUAUAAGAAUGCUGUUUUAUCUCUUUUUUUGGGGCUUUUUUUUUUUUUUCAGUCCAACUAUGCAUAUUAUACCAGCUGCAAGGUUGUUUACAUAUUUCUACCCUGACUGAUAAGUAAAUUAUCUCCUCAACCAAGCAACAGACAUUCCUGAGUACCAUACCUUUUUUGAAUAUAUGUACCAAAAGGCCAAAAAUAAUAACUGAGGUAAGAGAGAUCUAAAGUUUGGGUAAAGCACACUUUAAAAAAAAAAUAAAAAAAAUAAAGAGAUACCCAAACAUCCUCUUAAGUGCGAGCAUGUCUUAGUAGGUGUUUCCGCGGACAUCUGCAUAUCGGAAAACCGAAGCCGUAAGGUCAGUCUAUGGCGGUGACCCGUGGGAUGUACUAUUUGUAUUUCUGUACUCGUAAUUUGUUUGUUUCCUGGGAUUAUCAUACAACAUGCUGUAAAUGCUGUCUUUUAAGGGUGUCUGGUUUGUGUUGUAUUGGGAUUUGUUUUCAUUGCGGUCUUCCAGUUAGACGACGAGAAGGCCAACUGGACUCUCCUGGCCUUGUGCUGUGCCUUCAACUAUCAGAGAAUUUGUCUUUUUGUUUUUGUUUUCUGCUCAUAUUCAACAUUACCAAAUACGGUUACUUCGUUCCGGGUAGCUCGAUGAGAGGCUAUGACAGUGGCCAAAUUGAAUUUGGUCUUGUUUUUCAUGUCUAGUCUCCUAAGUGCUUUACAUGUAACAAUAAAUAUGAAUUUGAAAGCA